AUGCCGGGCGGACGAUGUUGCCCCGAGUGCAACUCCACAGAGCUCGUGGAGGACUCGCACUAUUCUCAAAGCCAACUGGUGUGCUCCGACUGCGGCUGCGUGGUCACAGAAGGGGUCCUUACCACCACCUUCGCAGACGAGGGCAACCUCCGAGAGGUAACAUACUCCCGAAGCACAGGAGAAAAUGAACAAGUUAGUCGCAGCCAGCAACGAGGUCUCCGCCGAGUGAGAGAUCUUUGUCGAAUUCUGCAGUUGCCUUCGACAUUCGAGGACACAGCAGUUGCCUAUUACCAACAGGCGUACCAGCACUCUGGUAUUCGUGCUGCCAGGCUGCAAAAGAAGGAGGUGUUGGUGGGGUGCUGUGUCUUAAUCACCUGCAGGCAGCAUAACUGGCCCCUAACCAUGGGAACCAUCUGCACCUUGAUAUAUGCUGAUUUGGAUGUGUUUUCUGGCACCUACAUGCAGAUAGUGAAGCUUCUGGGGCUGGAUGUGCCCUCUUUGUGCUUGGCAGACCUAGUGAAGACCUACUGUAGCAGCUUCAAAUUGUUCCAGGCCUCCCCAUCUGUGCCAGCCAAAUAUGUGGAAGACAAAGAGAAGAUGCUGUCACGAACAUUGCAGUUAGUGGAGCUGGCGAAUGAGACGUGGCUGGUGACUGGACGGCACCCUUUGCCUAUUAUCACUGCAGCUGCUUUCCUGGCCUGGCAGUCACUGCAGCCUUCAGGACGUCUGACAUGUUCCCUCACCCGAUUUUGUAAAUUGGCAAAUGUAGACCUGCCCUACCCUGCUUCUUCCCGCCUGCAAGAGCUGCUGGCUGUGCUGCUGAAGAUGGCUGAGCAGCUAGCCUGGUUGCAGAUCCUGAAACUGAACAAACGGUCUGUGGUGAAGCACAUCGGAGAUCUUCUCCAGCACCGCCACACCCUGGUCCGCAAGGCCUUUCGGGAUGGAACAGGAGAGAUGGAGGCCUAUGAGAGGGAGCUGCAGGGACUGGGGCAGGAGCAAAGACAGGGAGAAGAAAAGGUGGGGAAUAGCUCCUCAGAUUUGCCUGCUGGGAAACGACCAGCUAGUCCUGCCCUUCUCCUUCCACCCUGCAUGCUGAAGCCCCCAAAACAGCUCCGACCCACAUCUCCUGUCUGCACAGUCACUGGAGAUGAGAAUAUUUCUGAUAGUGAAAUAGAGCAGUAUUUGCGUACCCCUGAGGAAAUUAGGGACUUUCAGAGAGCCCAAGCUGCUAGACCAGCUACCAAGAGUGUACCUAAUGCACUCUGA